AUGGCGUUGAACAAGCAGCCGAAAGGCGACUACAGCUACCAAGCAAUCAGGAAUGACGAGGGAGAUAUAAAUGGAGUUGUCCCACCUAUUGACUCGUCUGAUUUCAAAAUCGGUGUCACGGUCGAGCAGAGCUCUCCGGAAAUCCGCGCGCUUUUCGUGCGCAGGCACUUUAAUCAUUGCGGUAUGUGGUUUGUCUUUGUGCCUUUGGUCGGCUCGUUUGUAUCGAUCGGACUGGUAUACUGGAAGCGCGAAUCACACCCGGCGAACUUUUUAAUGCUGGCGCUGUUUACGUUGUUUGAAGCACUCUUGCUGGGAAUUCUUGUCGCGACACUCGACAAAGGUGUUGUUCUCCGCGCAUUGGCGCUUACCGCUUUUGUAUUCAUCGGCCUUACUUUAUUCACGCUGCAAUCUAAGUACGAUAUGAGCUCCUUGCAACAAUGGCUUUAUUGGGGGCUGAUGAUUCUGGUCGGCGGGUGCUUUGUGCAGCUGCUUUUCCCUUUUGCGUACGGAUUGCAGCUUGCCACGGCUGUCGGUGGAUGUGUCGUGUUUAGUGGGUACAUUAUGUACGACACUUGGAUGCUACAGCGUCGGCUUAACUGCGACGAAUGGAUCCUCGCAAAUGUGUCGCUAUACCUCGAUAUGGUUAACUUGUUCAUUUCCAUCUUGCGGUUGAUGAACAGCACAGACGAUAGUUAA